AUGGAGUCCGCGCCAUCAACGGCGGCGGUCAUGGAGCGCAAGCGCCUCACGGCCGAGCUGCACUUGCCCGAGACAGCCGCGGAGCCCAGCAGCUUCGUCGUCAAUAUCCGGCGUCGGCUGCCCGACUUCGCGCGCAGCGUCAACCUCAAGUACGUCCGCCUUGGCCUGCGCUCCGGCGGCAUCCCAGCGCCAUCCUCAUGGGUCCCGCUCGCGCUCGCGCCGCCGCUCCUCGCCGCGGCGGCAUACUCGCUCGUCGGAGCGGACAAGCUCUACUCGCUCGACCUGCUCACCUGCGUCGCGUGGCUCGCCGAAGCGGUGCUGCUGCUCACCGUGUAUUUCCUGAAGCGCCCGCGGCCGGUGUACCUGGUGGACUUCGCGUGCUACAGGCCCGGCGACGAGCACGCCAUCUCCAAGGAGGGCUUCCUGGACAUGACCGAGAACACGGGCUGCUUCAACGCGGAGGCGCUCGAGUUCCAGACCAAGAUCACCAGGCGCUCCGGGCUCGGCGAUCGGACGUACCUCCCGCCGGGCAUCCAGGCGCGGCCGCCGCGGCUGUCUAUGGCGGAGGCGCGCGCGGAGGCCGAGGCCGUCAUGUUCGGCUGCCUCGACGCGCUGUUCGCGGCCACGGGCGUCGACCCGCACCGGGACGUGCGCGUGCUCAUCGUCAACUGCAGCCUCUUCAACCCGACGCCGUCGCUGGCGUCCAUGGUGGUGCACCGCUACAGGAUGCGGGAGGACGUCAAGUUGUUCAACCUUGGCGGCAUGGGGUGCAGCGCGGGGCUCAUCGCCGUGGACCUCGCCAGGGACAUGCUGCAGGCGAACCCCGGGUGCUACGCCGUCGUGGUGAGCACCGAGAACAUCACGCUCAACUGGUACUUCGGCAGCGACCGUUCCAUGCUGCUGUCCAACUGCAUCUUCCGCAAGGGCGGCGCCGCCGCGCUGCUGUCCAACCGCCGCGCCGACGCCGGGCGCGCCAAGUACCGGCUGCUGCACACGGUGCGCACCCACAAGGGCGCCGCGGACGAGUGCUACGGCUGCGUGUACCAGCGCGAGGACGGCACAGGCCGCGUCGGCGUGUCGCUGGCGCGCGAGCUCAUGGCCGUCGCCGGGGACGCGCUCAAGACGAACAUCACCACCCUGGGCCCGCUGGUGCUCCCGCUGUCGGAGCAGCUCAAGUUCCUGAGGUCCCUCGUGGUCCGCCGCGUCCUCCGCUCCCGCGGCGUCCGUCCGUACAUCCCGGACUUCCGGCGCGCGUUCGAGCACUUCUGCGUGCACGCCGGCGGGCGCGCCGUGCUGGAGGAGGUGCAGCGCAGCCUGGGGCUCAGGGACGCGGACAUGGAGCCCAGCAGGUGCACCCUGCACCGGUUUGGCAACACCAGCAGCAGUUCGCUCUGGUAUGAGCUCGCGUACGCCGAGGCCAAGCGCCGCGUCCGCCGCGGCCACCGCGUGUGGCAGAUCGGCUUCGGCUCCGGAUUCAAGUGCAACAGCGCCGUCUGGCGCGCGCUCCGCGACGUGCCUCCCGUGCACUCCGACGGCGCCGGCGGUGGCAGCAGCAACUGCAACCCGUGGGUGGACAGCAUUCAGAGCUACCCGCCAAAAGCGUACAUCUGA